UGAAGCCUAGUUAGUGUGUUGCUAUACAAUCCCAGUGCUAAAAGCCAUCUUAGCCGGUUGAAAGACGAACCUGAGAGAAGCGAGCGUCAGCAGUUGACCCACUUUGACGGUAUUGGAGCCUCCCACAACAAGCCGGAGCCAGGAAGCUGUGGUCGCCAAGGAACUGAAGGAAGUUCUUUAAGUUCCACAUCUGCCGUCCAAACUUUGAAGACGUGGUAUUUGCUCACUCGCUCGCUGCUGCGCGUUCACCACAACCUUUUCGUUUGUCACUUAUUAAAUAUUUUCUCCCUUCGAGGUCCAGUGGACAACAGAGACCGUGCACGAUGUCUGUUGCUGGGUUUAGGAAGCAGUUUUACAAAGCCAGUCAGCUGGUGAGUGAGAAGGUCGGUGGUGCAGAGGGAACUAAGCUGGAUGAAGAUUUCAAGGACCUCGAAAGGAGAGCAGAUGUUACCAGCAAAGCAGUAGUUGAAGUCAUCAACAAAACAACAGACUACCUCCAGCCUAACCCGGCCUACAGAGCUAAGCUGUCUAUGCUCAACACAGUGUCCAAAAUCCGUGGGCAGGUGAAAAGUCCUGGCUACCCGCAGUCCGAGGGCCUGCUAGCAGAGUGCAUGAUGAAAUAUGGAGCGGACAUGGGCGAGCACAACAACUUUGGUGGCGCUCUCAUGGAAAUUGGAGAAUCGAUGAAGAAGUUGGCCGAUGUCAAGGACAGACUGGACAUUGAUGUAAAGCAGAAUUUUAUUGACCCGAUGCAAGGAGUCGCUGAGAAGGACAUCAAAGAUAUUCAGCACCAUCUGAAGAAGAUGGAAGGCCGCCGCCUGGACUACGACUAUAAAAAGAAACGUCAGGGUAAAAUUCAAGACGAGGAGAUCAGGCAGUCCCUGGAGAAGUUCCAUGAGUCCAAAGACAUGGCUGAGAGUUCCAUGUACAACCUGCUGGAGACUGAUGUGGAACAGGUGAGCCAGCUGGCGUCUUUUGUGGAAUCCAUGCUGCAGUACCACAGAAGCGCCACAGAGAUUCUGGAGGAACUUUCUGCCGAUCUGACGAAAAGGGUGAACGAAUGUCAGUCGCAACCAAGGCGCGAGUACAGACCCAAACCCAGACAGAGCUUUGACUAUGGAGAGACUGAGCAGUCCAAUGGAGGUUACUCACCCGCUGCAACAAGCCCUCCAGCUUACUCCCCAGGGGGAAACUGUCAAAGCAUUCUUCUGCCUCACAUUGUUCCACUUUCUCCCGUUUCAGCGGCCGAGCCAUGCUGUAAGGCGCUAUACGACUUUGACCCCGAGAAUGAGAACGAGCUGGGCUUCCGCGAGGGGGACACUAUCACCCUGGUCAGUUACAUUGACGAGAACUGGUUUGAGGGAAAGCUUCGUGGCAAGACAGGAUACUUCCCCAACAACUAUGUCGAAGUGAUUGUUCCACUGUCACAAUGAACACAAUGCGGCAGGAUAAAAUGGGGAAUGUAAGCGGGAGGAUCGUGCACUAAGCAACAUGUUUGUGAGAAAAAUAAGCAUCUCAUGAGGGCCCAUUUUGCUAUCCUUCAUCAUUUGGUCAAAAAGCAUUGUGUAAUUUUUCACAGAUUUCAUUCAGUUUUUCAAAAGAAGGACCAAAGGAUUUUAAGUUAGAAAACUGUCAGUGUAAUGUUUGGGUGCAUUUACUGCACUCCCAAGUCUUUGACCUGUAAUGUACCUGUGCACUUUUUACACAAGUCUAUUAUCACUUGAGAGAAAUCGAUCAGGAAGCUUCCCCAACACUAAUAAGGGCACUCAUUUUAGUCAUAUAUUCACUAUGCAAUUAGAAUCCCAUUUUGUUAUUAUUGUACACUAAACACGUUUUCUUUUUAGUUUUUUUUCCCCUUCCCCCCUGCUGGAGUCGUUAUAAAGGUCAGCUCUCUUUUAGCCAAUCCAGUACUGCCACCUAUUGUUGUUCACGUAGACUAACCCAGUGUUUCCCAACCAUUAAUGAGCCAUGACAUGCAAUAUCAAUGGCUGAAACGUAAUAUCUCCGAUCUGAAAAAUGUCCUUUUUUGUUUUGGAAACUAAAAAAAAUAUACUUGUUUUCUUGAAUAAUGCUAUUUGUAGAGAUCCUGUUUAUCAAGUAGAAAAUCCCACAGAUAGGGGGAUUUGCAUCUUGCCCAUUUAUAGCUCACGGCAUAUCACCAAACAAAAUGUCACAAACGGUAUAUAUGUAAACCUAAAUAAUAAUGGAGACACUGUUCUUGGAGAAUAUUAUUUUUUUCUGCCUGUCACUAUAUGUCAGUGGCAUAGAAUGAUGAACAAAGAAACAUUGUUUUUAGUAAAUAAAUAAUUUCCCGUGGCACCCUGGUUGGGAAUCACUGGACUAAACUACAGUUGAUGUCACUUUAUGGGAGCACUAAUGAUAUUUCUUGGAUGUAUAAUCCAAACAAAACUGAGCUUUUAUUUACCAAAAGAACACAUAACAGGUCAUGUUUAAUGCAUUUUAAAUGCACUAAUUGUACGAUUUGUCACAGCUCUAGCAUUGUUCUUUUGCGCUCUACUUCCCCCCCAUAUUUAAAAUGGUACCUAACCGGUUCCGUUUAACACUAAUAAAAAGGAAGUGCAUCCAUCCAUUUUCUCUUACGCUUAUCCCCACUAGGGUUGCGAGCGCUGCAAAAUUAAGUAAGAGUUUCGCUAUUUUUUUUGUCUAAUGUCCCCCAACCAUGGAUAAUAUAUAGGUGGUGAAAGUGUAAUACCAAGGUCUUAAACAUCUUUGCUUCAUCUCCUUUAUUUUCUCAGGCUUGAUUGAUGCUGCUGGCAGUGUCCCUUAUGUUUUUCAGGCACCGAGCCAACUGUGUGUCAGUGAAUUGUUUGCCUGUGAUUUGUUUUUGUCAAGAUGCUGGACGAACCAUAACCUUUUUCUAUUUUAACCUUGAAUUGGAAGCAUGUAAAUUGCUCUGUGUAUUGUGUCAAACUCUGCACCAGACCUGACUGAUAAUGCAUAACCCAUCUAUUGUACAUGGAGUUGACCAACUUCAGCAAGCUCGAGACACAAUGCCUGUUUUCAUUUUGAAUUACAAGCAGGCUAUGAACUGUGAUGGGCCGCUCAAUUCCCCAAAAUCCAGUAUUUCACCAUCCCACUCGACUCUGCCAUCACUGUUUAAACCUUGAGUGGAAAAGACAGUUUUUUUCAGGAGGAAAGACACAGCAGUGGAUUAUGCACCCCCUCGUCUUUAUUCACCACCUGCCCCCUGUGCCCCUGCCCCCAUCCCAAUCCCUUGGUGCCUUUUGGAGCUCUGGUUCAUCCCUGGAAUAAUCUUGUGGCUUUAUAUGCAUCUAAAUGUUAUGUUUGCAUUCCUCUUGAUGCCGUUCGUCUUAUUUAAGAGGGUUGUUGGCGGGUGAUGUCUGUGCAGAGGAAUAACUACAGUACAUGGUUCAGGUGUGUGUUUACAUGCCUCAUUACACUAAAUCAAAGCAGUUGUGGAGGGGGCUUAUCUUGGAUAAUAUUGAAGAUGAAUAAUGACUAGGAACAAAGAACUUCAAUUUGUGGGCUUCUUGGUUGCGGUUUUAUAGAGGCUGCAACUGGCCUUUACUACAACACUAAAUUCCAAAAGUUAUUAAAUGUUGCACCAUUAAUGAAGGAUGUUUUUUUUAUAUUAUUUAUUGUUUUUAAAUAUAUAUCAUACUUUAUGUUGUGUCAAAAUAUAACCUCUUUGCAUGCGUCCUUAUUUCUAAUAUCUGUCUUAAACGUCUUUCGUUGACUGUGAUGCAUUGGGAGACUAAAAGUGGGAUUAUCCUGGAUUAUUUUGAGGAUAUGUGGAUUACCUCUAUGAUGUUUAAUUUUUGUUAAUUUUAUGUAUUAUAUGUAAAGGGGAGUGGAGGCUGUCUUAUUUGCUUAUUCAAAUAAAUAUUGUCAUACUGAA